GGCUUCAUGUCCGUCACGUACGUUCGUAUCGCCAUGACACUCUGGAGUAACAACAUCCCAUCUGAGAAUGGGAGCAUGCCAACUGAUCCUGCUUUGAGUGGCAGCAGCAGUAGCGGUAGUAACAACCAGAUGACGAACCAGGUGAUGGCGAGGAGGAAUGUUGCCAAAAUGCUCAUCGUCGUCGUCAUCGCCUUCGCCGUCUGCUACAUGCCAAUUCACUGCGCUAACUUUUUAAGGUAUUUGAAGGUUGGUAUUGAGGAGCACCCGGAACUUAUGUCAGGAUUGUGGUUCAUAGCUCAUUGGCUCUGCUACUUCAACAGUGCCGUCAAUCCCAUCAUUUACAACUUCAUGAGCGCAAAAUUUAGAAUGGAAUUUGCGGAGACGUGCAGAAUUUGUUGCUGUUGCACUUCCUCGUGUCCAAUAAGGCUGUCGAACCGGGGAAUGAAUACGGUAAGGAAUCAAUCUCUCAACUCUCUGAAGUACACGGUCAACAACACGCAAGUUGACCAGUUCACUCUGUCCACAUUCAACACUGAUGAUGGCAAGAAGAAGCUGUGCCAACGAUCCAUCCUUCGAAAUGCCCACCCAUUGCAGUAAUUAUCUUUGGCAUCAUUUGUAACAUUCACAUAUGAUACAUAUGAAACAUGAUACAUUAUUGGUAAUCUUGUUGAUGUUAAUGUUACACUGUUUCGGGGUUUAUUUGAUGUUAUUUAAAUUCAAUCAAUGAUGGCGUAAAUAAUAUUCUGAAACUGAAAUUAAGUAAAUAACGGUGGAUUCUAUUUUCAAACUUUUCUUUCGAGCAGGCAGUUCGUUAUAUUUUUGUAGAAUCAUUAAUAUGUACAGUACAAUUAAUUUUAAUAUGUAAUUCAUAAAUAAAUAAACCUCUUUAAUUAAUUUUAAUAUGUAA